AUGGCAAUCUCUUGGGAUUCCAUUCGCGCAUUUGCCCUCUUCUUUGGGCCUAUGCUGCUCCCAAAGGCCAUCUCCUACUAUCGCAGCGUCCGAUCGGCUCCCAAACGACAUGGCCUCUCUGUGCAACCCAUCCCACCGAUGAUUCGCGUAGUCGUCUUCAUGCUCUACUUCUUUGCGUUUCUCCUCGUCGUGAAAACGCUACCGACCGCUUCUCCAGAAAACAUAUUCACCAAGACUCAAAGCCGACUGCAAAUCCCGGUCGAUGUGUUGUUCAACCGUGUCUCGGCUUUACGACCUGAAAAUGCCUUCACGGCAUGGGACCAUACCCUGAGAUCCAAAUUUGUCAACCUUGAAAGCCGUCUGUUGUAUUUCCAGUAUGGCCCAGAAGUACUGGCCGAGUGCAUCUUUUGCACCGCCGACGAACCAAAGAGCUACUUCUACUAUGCCCUCCCUUCCAUACUGUGGCCGCAUAUCGGCAACUUGAUCAUCCUCGCCAUCGUCACAAGCCCGUCGGUGACUGGAAAAUACGGCUCGCAAUGGAGGACGACGGCAACAGUCUGUUCCGGCAUUCUCGCCGGGCUGGAGGUGUACUUUGUCAACUCCUACAAUUACCAGGCCAACUCGCGGGCGCUUCGGCUUAACGACUUGGACUUCUUUUACUGGACGAUGAGAAGCUACCGAUUCGUCGCCCUUGCAGCACUUGAUGCGGCUAUUGCAUACGUUUUGUAUCUUUCGUCGACCAAUCGUGCAUUCGUGCUGCCUCCCUCUCCGGCGGAACGCAUCGAGCUUGUCAACCGGGCACUUGUAGCUGCAAGGAGCAAGGUGAAUGCGGCUGGCAUUGUGAAGAACACAAUCAUGCGUGACGAAGAUCUACGCUCGCGCUCUCAAGCUUACUGGCAACAUGAGGUCCGCCUGAUGGGUGAGGUGAUGGAGGAGCGAGAGGUCAUUGAUGGCGUAAACGACGCUUUGAGCAACAGGAUCGAUAUCCAAAACAUAACGAGGGAUGCAGAGACAUACACUCAGAACGUCCUGCGACCAAUGCAACAAGAAUAA